UCUCGUUUAGGUUUUCGUCGUGGAUCUCUUGUGUACAGAAAAUAGAAGGUUUUCAUGGUAUACCAGCUGCUGUACGCUCCGUCGUCGAAAUACUUGCUCCAACCACCAGUCUUUGGUCCAACUACAGGCAGCAGACAGGAACACUGGGCUACCUUGGCCAAACCACAUAGGCCUAGGCCCUAGUUUUACUGAUUGUAGAGGAUUUGGAUUCUUACAUCCCAAAGAAACUAAUAAUAAGUUGGCUUAUCCCAGUCUGGGAAGCCUGCGUUUUGGUUUUAAGUUUAUUAAGGACUCAUUUAUUUUUUUUCUUAUUUAUUUUUUUCUUAAAUUUAUAAUAAGGGAAGAUUGCAAAACAAGAUGGUGUUAGCAGAAUUAGGAAGAAAGAUCACAUCGGCUCUUAAAUCCUUGAGUAAUGCAACAAUUAUUGAUGAAGAUGCCUUGAAUUCUAUGCUGACAGAAGUAUGCCGUGCUUUGCUAGAAGCAGAUGUAAACAUUCAACUUGUUUCCCAGUUAAGAAAAAAUGUUCGUUCAGUCAUCGACUUUGAUGAAAUGGCAGCAGGUUUAAACAAACGAAAGAUGAUACAGACUGCUGUAUUUAAAGAGCUUGUCAAGCUUGUUGAUCCAGGAGUAAAGGCUUGGACACCAACAAAGGGCAAGAAGAAUGUUGUAAUGUUUGUAGGAUUGCAGGGAAGUGGCAAAACCACUACUUGCACAAAAUUGGCAUAUCAUUACAUGAAGAAAGGAUGGAAGUCAUGUCUUGUAUGCGCAGAUACAUUCAGAGCAGGUGCAUUCGAUCAGCUAAAACAGAAUGCUACGAAGGCUAGGAUACCAUUCUAUGGAAGUUACACUGAAGUGGACCCAGUAGUAAUAGCUGCCGAUGGUGUUGAGAAGUUCAAGAAGGAAGGAUUUGAGAUCAUUGUAGUGGACACUAGUGGCCGACAUAAGCAAGAGGAUUCACUCUUUGAGGAAAUGUUACAAGUAUCAAAUGCAGUUAACCCAGACAACAUUGUUUUUGUGAUGGAUGCUACGAUUGGACAGGCGUGUGAGGCUCAAGCGAGUGCCUUCAAAAGUAAAGUAGACGUUGCUUCUGUAAUUAUCACAAAAUUGGACGGACAUGCAAAAGGAGGAGGUGCGCUUAGUGCUGUUGCUGCCACCAAGAGUCCUAUUAUAUUUAUUGGUACUGGAGAACAUAUAGAUGAUUUUGAACAAUUCAAGACAACACCUUUUGUUAGUAAACUUCUAGGUAUGGGUGAUAUACAUGGUUUGAUUGAUAAAGUAAAUGAACUGAAUUUAGAAGAAAAUGAAGAACUUAUCAACAAACUAAAACAUGGUGAAUUUACAUUACGUGAUAUGUAUGAACAGUUCCAGAACAUAAUGAAAAUGGGUCCUUUUAGUCAAAUUAUGGGCAUGAUACCAGGUCUUGGAAGUGAUUUCAUGUCAAAAGGUAGCGAACAAGAGUCAAUGGCGCGACUAAAACGCCUUAUGACAAUAAUGGACAGCAUGACGGACGAAGAAUUAGAUAACAAAGAAGGAUCCAAGUUAUUUACAAGACAGAAUGGCAGGAUUAACCGUGUUGCAAGAGGUUCUGGUGUAUCUGCAAAAGAAGUUCAAGAGUUGAUGACACAAUAUGGAAAAUUUGCUCAAAUGGUCAAGAAAAUGGGAGGAAUUAAAGGUCUUUUCAAAGGAGGUGACAUGGCAAAGAAUGUCAACCCAGCCCAAAUGAGUAGGCUCAACCAGAGCAUCGCUAGGGCUAUGGACCCUCGGAUUUUACACCAAAUUGGUGGAAUGGGCGGACUCCAGAAUAUGAUGAAACAGUUCCAACAAAGUGCCGGCGGAGGGGGUUUUCCUGGCAUGGGAGGCAUGGGAGGAGGGGGUGGUGGUGGAGGUGGGGGUAAAUGAUGCUAAUACAAUUACUAAUAAUGAAGGAACUGGAAGGAGUAUUGCUUAUUUAUGUAAUACAUGGGCGUAGUCAUUUGUCAGAAUAAUAUUUUCAUCCCUUUCAUUGUAUUAGCCAUCAAAUUUAAACAGUUGAUAAGAAAAAUGGGAAUAAUGGCUAUUAGCUGUAAGUCAUAUGGCUACAAAUACCGUAAAUGACCGAAUAAAAACGCUUAUUUUUAUUAUCAAAUAAAACAUUUUUUUUAUCAAACUUCAACACGGCACAUAUUCUAGAGCGACACUUAUUACAUAUUAAAAAUGUAAAAGAAUGUAGUGUAAAAAUGGAACUAUAUAUUGUGCAUACAUAGACUUAUCUGACUUGUUGCAACUUUAGUAUACAAAACAUUUAUGAGUGGAAUGGGAACAAUAUUUUCAUGAGUUGAAAGUAUUUCCAUGGAACCCCAUUGAAUGGAACAGUCAAUCUUUAAAUGAAUGAAAAUAUUCUCUCCAUUGCGUGAAUAAAAACAUAUGUUCUUAUGCGCACCUAAAAUAGAUCCUUGUCAUUUGGUAGUGGUUUAAGUCUACCUUAAUUCUAAAUGGAACAAUCCAUCAUCUUUUAACCAAUAAAAAGAUUGUAUUAGGUUGAGUCGUGCAAUGGCAGAAAACAAAUGGAACAAGAAGUGCACAGACGGUUCUACAUUUCAUAAUGCAGCAACAUUUAUUAAAAGUAAAAUAUAUCCCAAAUAUAACGCUACUUAAGAGUGGCAAAUUAUGUUUUAUACCACUUGUUCAAGGGCGCUUUACAUUUGAGAGAGGCGCUCUUUUGAUCAUUUACUGUAACUUGUUUACUUUAUUUCAAAUUUAUUCUCAUAUAACCUCUACCUGCAUUUUCUUAUAUAAUUACAAACAAAUAUAUAAAAAAAAUAUUGAGCUAAUGCAUAUUUAAAUAAACUUAUUUCUUGUGUAUAAAUGUACACAUGUACCUGAAACCAGGUGACUUUAAAAAAAUGCAAGUUGUUAUAAUUGUAUCAUUGAUUUAUCAGUAAACCCUCAACAUCAUUAAAAAUUUCAAUGAAGUUCUACUGAAGGCAAAUUUAUUAAAACAAUCAGGUAUCCCACCAUGUAUUUACCUAUGUAUGCAUGGAGAUGUAAGGUAGAUGCAGGGGUUGGCUGUUUUCACAAAAUUUAUGUGAUGAUAAUUUUAAUUCCUUAUAAUGUCGUGUGACAAAAUAAGAGGAAUAAAUUGAGAAUAAGUUUA